AUGGAAAUUAUCAGUGUUAUCACCUUCGUUGUGCUCUUCGGACUCGGGCUGCCCAUGGAGGGUGAGGUAUCCACGAUUCUCGGUUAUGUGCUGAAAUGCAAUUAUGAUCUUCCCUACAACGCGUCGGACUUUGUGCAGCAGUGGCGGUCACGAUUAAAGAGAUCCGAGAACGACUUUGCAUUAUCGCGGACGACAACGAGCGGAGGUUACAUGACACGAUGGACACUGUACGGAAUGCUGGAAUCAACGAUGGAGCGCUUCGGCUCCGGCAGAGCCUGUCUGUUGCGCGUCGUCUGCGAAUCCGCAGCGUAUCCCUUCGACAAAGGACACGGGCUCCUGGGGGAGCUAUUGCACGUUCUCCUAACGCCGUCGACGACCAGCGAGGAAUACGAAAUCUAUUCGAAUUGCGAGUACCAUGCCGCCGAGGCGAUCGGUAGGAAUACGCGCGGGAAAUGCGCGCUCUUUUAUCCAGAAUGCGACUACAAUCCGCUCGAUUACUUCACCAGACUGCACGUUUGAGUAAAUCCAUUUUCCGAAUAACGCAAGUUCCGUGAAUUUUUCGCAGAUUCGUUCAUCGACUAACUGACCAAAGGUAGCACGAAAUUGUCGAUGUAAUGCUCGUUUAUGGAUUACAGAA